AUGGCACGCGGAGAAACAAAAGCAUCCUGUCCCGAUGUUUCUCCCGCCCUUGCCGACAUCCAGCGAGCGUACGAGGCGGGCCGGCAGGAGACGGCCCGGGACUUGAUCAGGCGGGCCGCCGCGGCACCGGACAAGAGCGACCAGGCCGUCGACGUUCUGCGUUUGGCGUCACAGCACGGCGACGCGCAGAGCGUAGGCUACCUCCUGCGCGAAGCCCAAAUCCGGGUCCCGACGGACGUGUCGGAGCGGAACCCGGCAGCGGUGGCGGCCUACACCGGACAUGGCGCCGUGCUCAGAAUUCUGCUGGAUUCCAUUCCGGGCGUACGUCAGAGAGGCGAGCUCCUGAACUUCCUGUUAGCGACUUCCUGUCAGCGCGGUCACGUGGACUCUGCGCGUCUUCUGGUCGAGGACUAUGGCGCCGACGUCGAAGAACGCGAUGGAGGCCAGAGCGACCGCUUCCCCGUCAUCGGCGCCCUGCCGAUCUACGCCGCGGCGCAAGCGGGCAGCGAGGAAGUGGCCGACUUCCUUUUAGAGAAGGGUGCCGCUUUGUCGUCGUACGCGCUGAUGGAUCAUCCCGACUUUAGCGCGCGACUUCUGGCGCGGAGGCUGCAACGCGACACGCGAGAAGGACAAGAGGAAGUCAGUGUGCGUUGGGGCGGGCUGUCUCUCCCGUGGUUGGAGCUGUCCUGGCUGAUGGGCGUGUCCGCCAUCAUCGCGCAUUUAGAUUUGUCCCGCAACAAUUUGUCCUCGUUGCCGUCCGUCCUUCCGUGGGGCUUGCUGCACCUCCGCACCGUGGACCUGUCUGGCAACCGUCUGAGUCUGCUUCCGUCCCCCGCCACCUCGCGGGAGGUCAUCUGCACCAGCUUGCGCGAGGUGAACGUGCGCGAGAACCUCCUGACCACUUUACCGACGGGUCUGCUCCACCUGACCCAACUGGAGAAGCUUUGCGCCUCCAAAAACCGGAUGACGUCCUUGUUCGACAUCCCGCCGCCCGCGAACUGGAGGGGCCUGCGGAAGUUGGAGGACUUGGACAUCUCAGACAAUCAUCUGAGUCAGUUGCCCGUCGACGUGGUGCCUGCGCUACGAUCCCUCCGAGUCCUGGACGUGUCUCGGAACCGAUUGGACAGCUUUCCGGAGCCCUGGGCCUGCCCGCUGAAGUGGUGCAGAGCAUCGUCCAAUAAAUUGAGCAGCCUACCGGACAACUUCUCUACGUUCUGGAAGACUCACCUGCAGGACGCCGACUUCUCAGACAACCUCCUGGAGGGUCUGCCCGCAGAUCUCUUUCGACUGGAGGCUUUGCUUUGGCUGAAAUUGCGCGGGAACUCGAUCGGGACUCUGCCGCCUCCUUCCGAGUGGACCUGCUCCCAGCUCCGGACACUGGACCUGUCCAGCAACAUGCUGGGAAAGAGCCAAGAAGGCCCCAAGUCCAGCAAACUCUCCUUCCUGAGCACGUGGAGCAAGAAAGAUCCCGAUGCAGCGACGGCGGCGGCGUGUCCCGUGGAGUUCCCGGCGUUCCUGCGGGAUUCGCUGGAGGUUUUGUACCUGAACGACAACCGCCUAGAGCGCGUCCCGCCUUCCGUCUGCGCUCUAAGCGGCCUGAGUGAACUCUACCUCGCCAAUAACCCCGGCAUCCGUGAGCUUCCGGUCGAACUCGGCGGGCUGAGCAACCUUUGGCAGUUGGACACGGAGAACCUCAACAUCAGCAACAUUCCUCAACGAGUCCAGAAAGAAGGCGCAGCCUCUGUGCUGGGCUUCUUGCGUGCGCAGCUGCGACGGUCCGAGCCGUGGCGUCAGCUGAAGAUGCUCCUGAUUGGCCCGCCGCGCCAGGGCAAGACUUCCCUCCUGGGGGCGCUGCGGACGGGCAAAGCGGCCACGUCUUUCCCGGCCACCGCCUGCGGCAUCUCCACGUCCACCUUGGAGACGGACGCAGGGGAAAAGGACCAAAGCUCACUGGCGUUGGACGUGUGGGACGUUGGCGGCCCGUCCGGCGCGUCGGCCGCAGCGGCACAGUGUUUCUACACAGACGGCGCCCUCUACGUGCUAGUGUGGAACCUGACGCUGGGCGAGGAGGCGGCAGCCGGAUUGCGCGCAUGGCUGCUCAACAUCGAGGCCCGGGCGCCAAACUCGGCGGUGUUGGUGGUGGGAACCCACUUGGACCUGCUGGACGUCAAGUUCCGCACGGAGCGGCUGGCCACGCUGCGGGCCCACGUGCUGGCGCUGUGCCGCUCCCCGUCGGGCGCCCGAGCCGGCGGAUACCCCGACGUCACCUUCGCGCAUCUGCGCGAGGUGUCGUGCAAGACCUCGGAGGGAGUGGACGACCUGAAAGCGCUCAUCCGCCAGGCGGCGCUCUCUAUCAAAGACGCUCGUUCUCCCGCCUAUGGAGGCAAGCUGCUGGGCAGGCUGAUCCCUCGAAGCUACGUCAGGCUGCGGGAGGCUGUGGCGGCCGAGAGGCGAAGACGUCACGCGGACGGUGAGGUUCAGUUCCUGAGCCAAGAGCAGCUCGAGCGCCUGGCCAAGCAGGACCCCGAAGGCGACAUCGCCGAAUACGACGACCUGCCGUCAGCCGUCAAGUUCCUGACAGAGACGGGGACGCUGCUGCACUUCCCGGACAGCAGCCGCGGCCUGCGCACGCUCUACUUCCUGUGUCCCGUGUGGCUGGCCGACUCCCUGCGGGCCAUCGUGCGGCCGGAGUCCUCGCGCUCCAACGGGAUCGUCCGAGCCGGAGACCUCCGGAUCCUGCUGGUCGGGACCGGACUGACCCGGGACAGCGAGGAGCAGUUUUUCCAGUUCCUGGCCAAGUUCGAGAUUGCGCUUCCCGUCGCCGACGACAGCUACCUGCUGCCUCACCUUCUACCCGCCAAGCCCGGCGUGGACCUGCACUGCUUGCGCCGGCCCGGCGCCGACACGCUGCGCCGUCUCUUUAAGAUGAGCUUCGUGCCUGCCGGCUUUUGGGAACGAUUCAUCGCCAGGAUGCUCAUCAGCCUAAAUGACAUGGACCAGCUGUCGUCGGAGCUCCAGCGCAGCGCUCGUCCUCGUCAAGGCCGGAUGUCGGCGAUCUACAGUUUGGGAGGAAAUCAACGGAGGAACCGCUGCAGUACUUUCCGGGUGCGCCGCCGUCAGACCGUCUAUUGGAGGGAAGGCUUGUUGGUCACCUUUGACGGAGGUUACUUCAGCGUGGAGUCGGCGGAGGUCAACUGGAAGAAGAAGAGCGGCGGCAUCGAGAUCGUCUGCCAGUCGGAGAGCGGGGACUUCUCCGCCGUGGCCUUCGUCACCGACCACAUCAACAACCUUGUGGAGCAGUGGUUUCCCGCGCUGACGGCCAGCGAGAGUGACGGUACCCCACUGCUGGAGCAGUACGCGCCCUGCCAGCGCUGCGCCGCUCGGAUCCCGCGGAAUGGAACGUCCCGAUCGGGCCGGGACAGUGAGGGCGAGGGCCUUCACCUGUUCGGGGUAGAGGACUGCGCUCUAGCUGCGCUGGCGGGAGAUUUCAUCGAGUGCCCCGGACCACCCGGGCACAUCGUCCCCCUCCGGGAGCUGGUACCGGAACUCUUUAUGACCGACUUCCCUGCACGACUGUUCCUGGAGAAGGAUUAUCUGGAAUAUUCCGAGGAUGAGUCCAACAUCAUUGGUCAGGGAGGCAGCGGCACCAUUGUUUACCGCGCCCGCUACCGAGGGCAGCCCGUCGCCAUCAAACGCUUUCACUCAAGAAACUUCUGGCAGAGGGCGCCAUCUGAAGACGCAGACACCAUGAUCAAACGCCUGCGGUCGGCAGAGGUGUGUCACCGCUUCGCCGAGUUCCGUCAGGAGGCGACAACCUUGCGCCGCCUACGGCACCCUUGCGUGGUGGCGCUGGAAGGCGUUUCCGUCCGCCCUCUCUGCCUGGUGCUGGAGCUGGCGCCGCUCGGAAGCCUCCGCGACGUCCUUGAGGGAAGCCUGGACGGCAUCAGCUACGUGCCCCUCGGUCACAUGAUCACCUACAAGAUGGCCUAUCAGGUGGCAACCGGACUCACCUACCUGCACAGGAAGAACAUCAUCUUCUGCGACCUUAAGUCGGACAACAUCCUCGUCUGGUCCCUGCAGGAGCGGGACGCGGUGAACGUCAAGCUGUCGGACUACGGCGUCUGCCGUCAGUCUUUCCGGGAGGGGGCCCUCGGGGUGGAAGGGACGCCGGGGUACCAGGCGCCCGAGGUCAGACCCGGCGUUGUUUACGACGAGAAGGUGGACGUGUUCUCCUACGGGAUGGUGUUAUACGAGCUGCUCUCGGGCCGCCGCCCGUCCUUGGGUCGUCACCCGCUUCACGUCUCCAAGAAGCUGGCCGGUGGCGCGAGGCCGACGCUGGCCAGUCCGCAGGAAGUCAAUUUCCACUUCCUGCAGCGCCUCAUGACGCAGUGCUGGCACGGCAAACCCGAGCAGCGUCCGACAGCCUCCCAGUGUGCGCGACGCAUGAUGGACCCCGGCUUUGCCUGUCUCCGCUACGUGUUGCCGUGCGGCGCUCGCGGCCGGCUCUUCCUGCCAUCGCUCGGGGGACGACGACAUGUCGUCUUCUGGGACGGGGACGGCGACGACAGGAGCUACAGUGUUGUGAACGUGCAGAAAGGUGAGCUGGAGGUCAACAGGAAGUCAUGUCCCGGUGGUAGAGUCAGCUGCCUCGUCAAGAUGGCCGACACGCUGUGGUUAGCCACCUACGAACAGGAAGUUCAGGUGUACCUCUUGAAGGACAUGUGUCCUCUCACGCGACCUCACAAACGCUUCCCGUGUCCGGCCGUCAUCACCUGCUUCCUCAAAAUACCGGACGGCGGGCAACAGGCAGAGGGCGUGUUCGCCGGCAUGUCGGACGGCGCCCUAGUGCGGUACGGCGCCGCCGAGGAUGGACUUCCCUCGGGGGACGUGGCCUACGCGUGCCCUCAAUCCUCGACGAUUGAGGAGCCCGGGCGAAGGCCCGCCCCCGUCACCUGUAUGCUACUCAUUGGCUGCGGCUCGCAGCUGUGGGUGUCGGACGGUCCUGGCGUGCUGGUGCUGGAGCGCCAUGGCCUUUCGCCGAUGCGCCGACUGAAGCCGUACGAGUUUCCGUCCUUGCUAGUCUCCAUGGCGAUGGGCUUCAGUGUCUGGGGGGAGGAGUCUGUGUGGACUCUAGACGACGUCACCGAUACUCUAGUCCUCUUCCAUGCAGCCUCCUUCGCGCCGUGCGCCAAGUACAGCUGUGGCGACUGCAGUCCUUUCCGCGACGUCUUCCCGGUCAGCCGCCCUUCGACGGUGGGCAUAAAUGGCGAGGAGGCGGGGAUUCGGACGGUCUCGCCCCGGGUUUCACCAGGAGGCGGAUCCACAGACUCGGACGACGGUGAAGAUCGGGACACCACAGAGUCGCCUGCGCCGCCUCUGCGAGCCUUUAAGGUUCUGAUGGUGAACGACCUCCUUUGGGUCUUCAGGUGA